GGGUGCGAGUGUCGCGCUGCUGCUAGAUGGCGUUCGUGUGCGCCUGCGCCUGUGUACGUGCGCGCGUGUAACUACUCCCACCACGUCAUCCACGCUCUACCACUACCGUUAGUAUCCUCAUCGUAGUCAUUCUAACACCAACAACCACCAACAGCACCACCACUCUCACAUUAUCCUGUGUCUGCUGCUUUUGCUACUCUCUACCAUCAACAUCAGUUACCAACGCACACAAAGAUACGUUCGCGUUUGUGUGAUACAAGAUCGUACGCGAAUCGACGGACAGGGACACACACCGUGGAUAUACAGAGAGUGUAUACACACAGCACGGAUCCAAUAGAGAGCGCGCAUGAAGAGGAGCAGGGACAGACUGUACCGUUAGAGCGAAAAGGACGGACCAAAGAGAGCAAGCAAGACAGAUAUUGGCCCCAACAGCCUCUCACUAGACAGUAUUACUUUCAACCGUUUAGCGGGGCCAAUGCUACCCGGCGCGGAGUAGUCAGUCAGCCGAGCAGUCAGAGUCAGCCGUCCGCGAAUACCGAGAGGACGCUCUCUCUUCGUUCACGAGUGUCGUCGUCGACGAUCAUCCACGCGACGAUUUCUCAAAUGUUUUAUCAUCAUCAUCAUUGUCCUCGAAGCUUCUGCAGUUGCUGCUUCUGUCACCGCCGUCGUGAUCAAUGUCCUCGUCAAUUCUAUUAACAGUUCGUCGUCGUGUUAUACCAUCGUCAGUGCAUCUGUGACAGACUGUGAGCCGCACGCGUGUAAUACGCACAACCGGUGGAUAUAUAUCUAAAGUUUACGAAAGUGUGUGAGAGAAAAAAAAGGAGAAGACGUGAACGAAAGAAAUAAAAGAAACUUUAUAACGACGAAAAAAGAAAAGAAGAAUAAGAAAGAAGAAUGAAAGUACAUAGUUUUUGUAUGCCGCAGAUAGUUUGAUAUUCGUUUUCGACAAUUACGAUACGAUUACAUUAUUAAACAUAAACGUGAUUGAAAACGACUCAAAGAGACAAAGUUGUGUGAUAAAGUUGUUGCCGCUGGAGUCGCAAGGACACAACACCGGUGUCGGCCACGAGCAGUGGAGUUUUACCCUCUCUCACGACACAUCCGAGUCGCACGCGCGUGCAACACUCUCUGGUGGGUUCCGCACGUCCAGCCUGAGUCGCGCGGACCGCGUUCUCGCUUGUUUUGUCGUUGUUAUGACGAGGUGAUGAAUAGACGAAAGCGUUGCAGUGCCGAGCAGCGUGGUGACCGUGCUCGUCGUCGUGACGGACGAUGACGAUAAACGUAGACAGUUUUCGUGGACGCAGAGAAGUGUGCUCAUUGGUGUGAUCUAGUGUUUUAUUCCUUGUAAUAUUCCAUUUGCCACAAGAAAGAAUUGGAUUAUACCGUGAACAAGGUGUAUCGACCGAGGAUAAUGCGCCUCUGUGUCAUCCUUUAGUACCAUCCCAGUUUUCGUCGAAACGCCUAUAUCACGCGACACAAGUUUGUCAUUUUCGUUGGAACUAGCUUCAAGAAAACCAUCAACAACGGCGGCGAUCGGCGUUGGGGUGCAGCCCGUGUUAUCAUCCGGCUAUCAUAACACGGUGCCACCCCAGAACGGGGGUGGUGGUUCGACAUUUAGUGCCGCGGCGAUGGUGGCAGCUGCCACCGCUACGGCCACCGCCACUGCUAGCGUGGUGGCCAUGCAGGACCGCCAAGACAUCCCCGCACAAUUUAACCAGAUGCAGGGCCAACAUGGAAUACCGCAUCAAACUUACAACGCAGGGUACGCCCAGAGAGGACCAAUGGCCGGAAUGGGGCCAGUCGGGAUGAGCAACUUUAAUAGCAUGGGCACGAUGAGCCCAAUGCACUCUAUGAAUUCUAUGAAUUCGAUGAACAGUAUGAAUGGCAUGAACUCGAUGAAUCCUAUGUCGAUGGGUGGUAUGAAUGGUAUGAAUGGUAUAAACGGAAUGACCCCCAUGAGCUCUAUGAGUAACAUGGGUAAUAUGGGCAUGAACAAUAUGAUGGGACCUAACAACAUGCAAAUGAACAAAAUGAGCAUGCAAGCUCAACCUCACCAAGGCUAUCCAAGGAGACUAGCGCCUUAUCCAAACCCCGCAAUGCAUAUGGCGCAAAAGAGGCAACAAGGCCCGUACGCGGGUCCUAACCCGGCUGCAAUGCAGCCAGCCUUCAGCGGCAUGUCGUCGUCACAGUAUCCGACCAAUUACCCUAGUGCAGCGAGGCCGAAUUUUCAACCUCAAUACCAACCUAUGCAGAGUAUGAAUCCGUCGGCUGCUGGCUUUGGGCCUAACUCUAUGAUACGGAGUAAUAACAUGAGACAAACUGCGCCUUCAUACAACACCGCUAAUCAGGCUACUAGUAACCAAUAUUACGGUAGUAACGGUAUACCGGUUAGUAUGGGACCUACGACGGUUGGGAAUCAGUUCGUUGGUCAUCAACCAAACUCAGGAUACGCCGGUAGUGCGUCUUCGUAUGGUGCAACUGGUGCUGCAACCAGUCAAUAUCAACAAGAUGUUGCAUCAAUGAGAACGACAGGCGCGGGGAAUUUAAAUUACCAACACAGUCCUAUUCCCGGUAAUCCGACUCCGCCGUUGACACCAGCCACCAGUAUGCCUCCUUACAUCAGUCCAAAUCCGGAUAUUAAGCCUAAUUUCAACGAAAUGAAAUCACCGGUUAAUAUUCAGAAGGAUGAUGAGUUAAGAUUAACAUUCCCCGUGAGGGAUGGCAUUAUUCUUCCACCCUUCCGCUUAGAACAUAAUCUGGCUGUAAGCAAUCAUGUUUUCCAACUGAAAUCCACGGUACAUCAAACGUUGAUGUGGCGAUCUGAUCUGGAACUGCAACUCAAGUGUUUCCACCAUGAGGAUAGGCAAAUGAACACGAAUUGGCCAGCGAGCGUGCAAGUUUCUGUAAACGCUACGCCGUUAGUUAUUGAUCGUGGUGAGAAUAAAACAUCUCAUAAGCCUUUAUACCUGAAAGAUGUUUGUCAACCUGGAAGAAACACGAUACAAAUUACUGUAUCGGCAUGUUGUUGUUCUCAUUUGUUCGUGCUUCAAUUAGUUCAUCGACCAAGUGUGAGAAGCGUACUUCAUGGCUUGUUACGUAAAAGGCUACUAAUGGCGGAGCAUUGUAUUGCUAAAAUUAAACGGAAUUUCAAUAAUACUAUUUCAAAUAACGGUAUACAGUCGGAGAAAGAUGUCGUAGAACAAACAGCACUUAAGGUAUCCUUAAAAUGUCCUAUUACUUUUAAACGUAUUACACUGCCAGCUAGAGGACAUGACUGUAAACAUAUUCAGUGCUUUGAUUUGGAGUCAUACCUACAGCUAAAUUGUGAACGAGGAGCUUGGCGAUGUCCUGUAUGCUCAAAACCUGCACAAUUAGAAGGUUUAGAAGUUGAUCAAUAUAUGUGGGGCAUUUUGAACACUCUAAACACUGCAGAAGUGGAAGAAGUUACGAUAGAUUCGAUGGCGAAUUGGAAACCAGCAAAGAAUUUAACUGCUGGUAUUAAAUCUGAAGAAGAAAAUGAUUGUAAGAGAAUGACAAAGGCAAUGUCACCUGGAAGUAUGAACAUGCCUACUAUGAAUAAUUGGGAUAUGAAUCAAGCAAUGAGUCCAUACAUACCACCUGAUAUGAGUAGCAUUGUAAGCGGCUCUAUGAUGAAUAAUACACCAACCACGUACGGAAAUAAUAACAUCAAUCAUCGGAAUUCAUCAGGAGGAUCUUUCGAUAUUAAUUCCGGAGCGAAUACGAAUACCAAUAAUGAUUAUACUAAUGGAACUGGGCCUCUUUCGCACUUAAACGAAUCGGUGAACUCUUUAGAUCCUCUGAAUGCUAUGGAAAAAUCACUUAACGAUCAAAUGCCCCACACACCUCAUACACCCCAUACUCCUCACACACCACACACACCAGGUGGUGGAAACAGUGGUCCACCAAGUGUUCCUCCUGCAUCCCAAGAGUCCACUGGAAACCUCAACACAUCUGGUAAUACGAAUACAAACAUAACCAACGAUACUGCAGAUAUACCGUCAGAUUUAAAUUUUGACCCAGCUGCGGUAAUAGAUGGCGAGGGUACAGGUCAAGAAGCAUUGAAUCUCUUACCAGAUAAUGUUGUGGAUCCGAUGGAAUUACUUUCAUAUCUAGAUCCACCAGAUCUGAAUACCCCUCCCAGCAGCGGCGCUAGCAGUGGUAACCCCUCAUCAAGUGAUGAUAUAUUAGCACUUUUUGAAUAAAGAUAACGGGCAUCUCGUAAGAGAAAUAAUCAAAUUGCGACCCUGACGUUACGAAAGAAAACUAUAUCGGCAGGUUUGCAUCCUACUACAAAUAUAUUUCUAAUCGAAUGAAGAUAUUUGUAGUGAGCAAUUUCAAAAACGUAUUGGGGUCACUGUUGGGUGCUCUCACCUAAUUCAAUGGUACAAAAAAUCUUAGCUCUAAUUAUAAUAUUCCUAUCAACAAAGUUAGGGCAUAUUAUUAGAUUUAAAGACGAUGACUUUUAAUUAAUAGGCGAAACAAAGCACCACGUUGUAGUGCUUGUUUGUAAAGAUAUUAUUGCAUGGAUUAUGUUUAGUCCUUUGAUAUUGGAAAUAUAUAUUUCCAAUAGUAACGCGUUCUAUAACAUUGUGCCGGGCAUAUGUUCCAGAACUAAUCAUCGCAAAUAUACCACAAUUAUAUUAAUUGUGUUCAAAAAACAAUGGUAAUCCAAUUUUUUAAUAUCGAAUAUAGAAUAAUGUUUUGCACAAAGGGUUUUACAUAUAGAUUAAUAUUAUGGAAAAAUGUUCAUCUGAUACAAUAAAUGUGCAAUACGAUCAACAUAUUUACAUAUGUACAUUUUAUACAUAUUACCAUUUAUCUAUUUUUUCAUUCCAAAAUAAGUUUUUAUAGAGACAAUAUUCAAGAAAUCUACCACAGGAUGUAGAAUUAAUUAAUAUUAUGUUUGGUACAAUAAAUUGAUAACCUUUUAUUAAUAGAUUUUAAAAAAUCGUAUAGCACAUUUAUACAAUUUUAUAUUGAAAACGUGGACUUCUGAGGUUAAUGUGUACAUAACAUUGGAAUAUGAUUUUAGAAACCUUAUAUUAAUAUGUCAUUGAAAAUUAAACUAAUAUUAAUAAAUUUAUGAUUUUGGAAUAUUUGCUUGACAAAAUGUGCUGUGCUAUUUCAAAGACUUCACUUUGAAGCUUUCCCUGCAAUACAAUCUUUACCUCAGAACCGGUCUACUCGCAUUCAAGGCUAUGAUGGACCUACAUCACAACAGAACUACGAUUGUACAGUAACAUUUGUAAAUAAGUUUUAAUCGAAAAAAAAUAGG